UCAGCAGCGCUCAAGCAGUGGAUUGCCAGGUACUGUUUGCCUUUGAUUACACCACAGCGUGUCUUGCAUAUUUUUAAUAAGUCGACUUUAUUGUAACUUGUUUUGUUGCUGGACUUAUGAGGAACACUGAUGUGAAGUCUGAUUUUCUUUUUGCUAAUGUAGAAAAUGAAGCAUAAAAAUUUACUUUUACAGUUUCUCUCUGUCAUGAAUGUUUAGAUAUUUUAUCCCACAUUUACAGAUAAAAAAUGCAUUUUGUGUUGCAGGAUGCAUGUGUGACCCGGUGGGGAAAGUGCAUGGUUUUGCGGUGGUGUCUGUGUGCGGCUGCUGCGCUCAUGGCUCGGAGGAGGGCUGCAGGUGGCUGCUGCUGCCCCAGAGCCCCCAUGAAUGAGGACAACGCUCGUUUCUGCCUGCUGGCCGCUCUCAUCUUCCUCUACAUGUUGUGCGGCGCUGCCAUCUUCUCCGCACUGGAACACCCUUUCGAGCUCCGCGCCCGCUCGCUCUGGAAGGAGCAGCUGGAGAACUUCACCCGGCGGUACCGGGUCAACCUGGGCGCCCUGCACACCCUGCUGCGGCAGUACGAGGAGGCGAACGGAGCUGGGAUCCGAGUGGGCACGCUCAGGCCGCGCUGGGACUUUUCUGGAGCUUUUUACUUUGUUGGCACCGUGGUCUCCACCAUAGGUUUCGGCAUGACCACGCCAGCGACCAUAGCAGGAAAGAUCUUCCUCAUCUUCUAUGGCCUCAUAGGCUGCGCUGCAACCAUCCUCUUCUUCAACCUGUUCCUGGAGAGGAUCAUCACCAUGCUGGCCUACAUCAUGCGCUGGUGUCACGAGCGUCGGCUGAAGUGUGGCGCGUUGGGGGCCAUGUCGAGCAGGGAGGAGUCACCUGGUGAGGAGGACAGCCUGGAAGGCUGGAAACCAUCUGUCUAUUACGUGAUGUUGAUCCUGGGGGUGGCGUCUGUUGUGAUCGCCUGCAGCGCCUCCACUCUGUACAGCUCCAUGGAGGACUGGAGCUACCUGGACUCUCUUUAUUUCUGCUUUGUGGCCUUCAGCACUAUUGGUUUUGGGGACCUGGUGAGCAGUCAGAGGGAGCAUUAUGAAUCUCAGGGGGCCUACCGGCUGGGAAACUGCCUUUUCAUCUUGAUGGGAGUAUGCUGUAUCUACUCACUCUUUAAUGUGAUUUCAAUUGUCAUCAAGCAAACUCUGAAUUGGAUUCUGGGGAAGUUGGUCUGCUCAGGACACCGCCCGCUCCGCUCUUGCCCCGUACGGGGUUUCUGCUGCUCCUGCCUCCGGGGCAACAAGCACAACUUGAGGCCCACUCACUUCAAACAAAGACGGCUGAAGCGCAACGCAGUGCAGCCCGUUCCAUCCCAGCGCCCCACCGGCAGACACCGCUACACGGACGGCUCCGUGGAGACGGUGUGCGACAGCGAGACGGAAGCCGGCGCUGCGGCUGAAGUGGGCCGCCGUCUGUCUGAAGAGAUGAUCUCUGUCAACGAGUUCACCGUGUCCAAUAAGGUGUCUCUGGCACUGCUGCAGAAGCAGCUGAGUGAAACCGCUCACCAGGGCCCACGGCAGAGCUAUGGCCACCAGAAUGGAUUUUCUGGAGGGGUGGGGGCCUUGGCUAUCAUGAACAACCGCCUACAGGAAACCAGUGUGGAUAGAUAGCAGCAAAACAUUCCUGUGCCUGUACAUAUUGCUCUUGACUCCCCAUAUUAGAAACAAAUCUUCAAAAACACUGACUGUAGAAAUCAGAGCAUAGAACCACCAACUCUGGGUGUCAGAGAUGCGUUUGAUUCAGCAAGGGGGAAUAGAAAGAGACAAAAUUCACUAUGAAAAGGAGUCUGAUGUCCUUAAGUGAUUGACUCACACCAAAGUAAUCAGAUGAAAGAGGCGAUGAAGGGCCUCUCAAAGAGGACUGCUGAUUUAAGAGCGCUGUAUAUGUGGCUGAGCCUCCUCAGCACAUAUGUGAGGUGAUGGUCAUUACAGCAGAAGAUCAAACACAAUGAUUUCUCUUCCCUGUGCAUUGUUUAGCAGCAAGUGUAAAACAUCUACAAUGUGAUUCAACAUAACUGGUCUAAUGCAGCAAGAAAGAUGCACUUUAACCGGCGGAUGGCUCAAAAGGUACCCAUCUUGCUUUAUAGCCGCAUUUCAUUGAAAUUCAUAGUUAUCUUGAAAGAGAUGCAGGCCUUUCAGUGGAGAAGAUCUAAUCAAACGCGGCCUGCAGAGGACACUCUUAUGCCUGUGAGUGCUUGGCAAGCAGGCAGGAACAGCGUCGCACAGACCGAGAGAAAACAAAGCUUUCCAUCUGUAUCCUUUUCUAUGCAAAACCAAAAAAAAGAAGAAGAAACUUUAGGGGUGUAACAAUCAAUCAACUUAAUCGAUAAAUCG